UUUCCCUGCCUGUCAGUCCCACACAGGGGAGCAGAGAGGUAAAGGCUUUAGACAGCUCGGACACCCCCCCACACCUCAAAGAAGCCUGAUCCGGAGAGCCGCUUGCUCCUGAUCACAGGAGGCCAGAACUUCAGCACCUUUGCAGGAAGCACAUGAAACAGAAAAUGGCGCGUGUUGGACGACCAUCACUUUCCCUGAUCCUGCUAUCUAUUGUUUUAUUACCAGAGUUUCUGGGGGCAGUUCCAGUGGAGCAACACAAGGAGGAGGAAGUAUCUGCAGUGUCUGAUGUGAAAACCGAGGCCAUGGCGAGCUUGACAAAGCUCGUCCGCAACAGAAGGAACCUCCCCGUCUGGGCCUUGCCUCAGUUCAAACGCCUGCCGGACUUCUGGGGAUGGUACAAAUAUUUCAUGGACAGCCACAACCAGGAGGGAGUUGAGGAUCUGGAUCGUCUGUACAUGGCCUACCUGCAAAACAAGCACAGGUCAGAGGAGGGCCCAACCUUCAACCACUACCUCAAGCACCUCAGUGAAAUCUACAAGACAUGUGCCAAUUCUGAUGAUCCAGAGUGCAUCGCCGAGUCCACCAGCAAGCCAAAGGCUGCAUUGGUGAUGCCAGAAGCCUUCAAGUCUUCUCCUGUCAGGCUGUGCAACCCUUACCUCGACCCCUACUGCCUCUUCCCCCUUGUCCCCAAGGCUGCUGCCCCGGAGGCUGAACCAGCUCCAGUCAAAGUGCAGGCCCCUGUCUUCACCCCCAUGCUGCCCAUGCCCCUGAGGAGCCCCACCGGCUUCUACUACUAUGCCCCUGUCUUGGAGCCCUUCCUGACCGAUGAGCAGAGGGCUGAGCUGCUGAGAAUCUGCAACCCUGAAGAUGUGGAAUGCCUGCAGUAUCACCUGAGGUCAGCUUUUGGCUACCGCCCGGCCGCUGGCCCUGCCCCAUCCUACGCCGCCCUCAAAUGUGACCCCAGGGACCCCUACUGCAUGCCUCCACUGGUCCACAAAGCCCCCACUGGCUUCUACCACCUGCUCUACCCCAGCUGUGAUCCAGCAGUCGAUCCUCUGUGUGUGAGCACCGCCGCUGCUCCCCUCUCUGCAGAUGAGGCUCCUAAAGAGCAACAGUGCAACCCUCUCUUUGACUCUGGCUGCAACCCCCUGACUGCCACCAAGCUGUCCGGCCUCACCAAGCCCGUGCUGGAGUACCCCCUCAGGGAUCAGCCUGCACCUGCUGCUGCUGCUGCUGCUGCUGCCCCUGCUCCUCUGGCCUGCGACCCUCGCUAUGACCCAUACUGCAUACUGGCGGCCGCUGCUGCCCUGCGCAGGCCUCCUCCUCCGAAGCUCCCCGAACACCAGGUCCGCUACAGGCUUGGCGUUCGUGGCAAGACCGAGGACGGCCAUGACUGCUAUAUGCACUAUGACCCAGGCUGCAAGGCGGUGAAGCCUGGCCCCAUGGCCAAGGCCGACAUCAAGGCUCCAGCCAAGCCCAACUGCCAUCCGUUCGACCCCAGCUGUGGCAAGUUUGCUUCACCCGCUGUCGUUAAGGCCCCAAAAGCCAGCAAGAAUGGCAUUAUCCUGCCUGAUCCCGACUGCGACCCUGAGUUCGACUACAACUGCCGCCUGCGUCGCGCUGAGCCCGCUGAUGAGCCUGCCGCCGCUGCUGAGGAGAAAGCUGCUGAUGAGCCCGCCAAGGAGGCCGCCGUCCCGAGCUUUGAAGAGUUCUUCAGGGGCGUCAUGAGGCAGUACAAAUAAAUUUCAGCUUGAUCAUCCACUCUGUUGUCCGUAAUCUUUACAGACUUCAUGGACAUAAUCAAAUCCACGCAAAAACUAUGCAAUCAAAUCAAAUAUUGUAGCUUUUAAAUGGUCAGUGUGACUUUCCCAGAUAAUCUGAAGGUCUGUUUUUAUGAAAAACAAUUCAAGGCUAACAUUGAGCAGUAUGUGAAACACUUCAUGUAUGUAUGUUUGUAGAAAAGAGUCGUAUGUAUAGAUGUGUGAUAGAUUAGGGGUAGUUUGAAUUUGUGUCAGCGGGCAAGAAUUUUUCUCUGUUGUACAUUCUCUGUUUCUAUUUGAUUAAUCCUUUAAGUGUAUUUAAUGUUGUUUUUCACAUUUUUUCUGUAACUCCAAACCUCAUAAUGCUUUA